GCUUACUUUUAGCCAUUGCUGUCAUCGUCUCUGCCCAAGAUAAUGGCCGAUGUGACGGACGCAUGUGUCCAGCAGUUUAUGAUCCAGUAUGUGCGAGUGAUAAAAGAACAUACAGCAACAAAUGUCGCUUCGCAAUUGCAAAGUGUGAGGUCGAAGCUGCCGGCAAAAAAGAAACAUUGACCAUCGUGAAUAAGGGAAAAUGCUCAGAGAAGAACGUUGAGGUUUGCAACGGAGUGUGCCCAGGAAUCUACGCACCCGUGUGUGGUAGCAAUGGAAAAACAUUUGGUACGUAUUAUCAAAGCGAUACGUUCGCCACCCAUAAGGACUCCCACUAUUCCAUUCAUAUUUAAAUGAGUUGAUCAUAAAAUAGUAGGUUAAUCUGC